GGAGGAUCAGCAGGUGGAGGAGGAGGAGGGUGGAGAGGAGGUGGUGGGAGAGGAGGAGGAGGAGGAGGAUCAGGAAACAAUCCCCUCAGCAGCCAGAGAGUCCUUUUUCAGGCUACUCUAGAUAUAUCGUGUCCGUACAAAGGAUGGGCUCUCUACUUCACGGAAGGCUUCAUAGAGAGCUCCCCUAGUGUGGAGAAGAUCAAAGUGUUUGAGAAAUAUUUUAAAAGGCGAUUUACUGUUUGUGCACAGGAUGAGAUUGAGCGUCAGGGCAGUGUUCUUGUAGAUUAUGCAGACUUGACUGGAGACAAAACCGUACGUGAAGCACUUCCUGAUCUGACCACAGAGCUGAAGGAGCAGCCAGAGGUGAUACUCAACUGUUUGGGAGUGGCCAUUCACCAGGUGUUGACUAUAGAUUUGGAGAAACAAGCUGCUGAGCUGCAAGAGGAAGAGCUUCCUGUCGCUACACCAAUCAUCAACAUCCCCCACAUUAGCGCCAGGCUGUAUAACUACGAACCGCUGACUGCGUUGCGGACGUUACGUGCCAGUGUGUUUGGACGGCUGGUGUGUGUAAGGGGAACAGUGGUCAGAGUGAGCAACAUCAGACCUCUGUGUACCAGGAUGGCCUUCAGGUGCCUGGGCUGCAUGCACACACAGUCACUGCCACUGCAGCAUGGGAAAUACGCUACACCUACCAAGUGUAUCCAGCCGGACUGCCGCAGUCGUACCUUCGCCCCCAGCAGGAAUUCCCCUUUUACUCAUACUGUAGACUGGCAGAUCAUUAAGGUGCAGGAGUUGAUGGGCGGAGAGCAGAGGGAGACUGGACGGAUCCCGCGCACCGUGGAGUGUCAACUGACAUCCGACCUCUGUGACAGCUGCGUCCCUGGAGACACAGUCACUGUGACAGGGAUAGUUAGAGUUACCAGCGAUGGUAGUUCCCGGGGGAAUAAGGAUCAGUGCAUGUUCCUCCUCUACCUUGAAGCCAUUUCAGUCAGCAAUACUAAAGGUAAGCAGUCCAAGUCAGGUCAGGGAUCACUUGAAGAUCGUUCUGGGGGGGAGGAGUUCAGUCUGAAGGAGUUGUAUGCCAUCCAGGAGAUCCAGUCACAGCCUGACCUUCUGAGACUUAUAGUACAGUCUUUGUGUCCUGUCAUCUACGGCCACCUGCUGGUGAAAGCUGCUCUAGCCUUGGUGUUGUUUGGAGGCCGACAGAAACACACUGGCAAGAACAGCGUCCCAGUUAGAGGAGACCCACACAUCCUGAUGGUGGGAGACCCUGGACUGGGGAAGAGUCAGAUGUUGCAGGCAGUGUGUAAUGUGGCUCCCAGAGGAAUCUAUGUAUGUGGCAACAGCACAAGCACCACAGGACUAACCGUGAGUUUAUCUCGAGACGCUGGAACGGGGGAUUUUGCUCUCGAGGCCGGAGCCUUGGUGCUGGCUGACCAAGGCCUGUGUUGCAUUGAUGAGUUUGAUAAGUUGGGUAACCAGCAGCAGGCUCUGCUGGAAGCCAUGGAGCAGCAGUCUGUGAGUCUGGCUAAGGCUGGAAUAGUUUCCUCUCUGCCUGCGAGGACGUCAGUCGUAGCUGCUGCAAACCCCAUUGGAGGACAUUACAACAGAGGCAAGACUGUUUCUGAAAAUCUGAAAAUGGGUUCAGCACUUCUCUCUCGAUUCGACGUCGUCUUCCUCCUCCUGGACAUACCAGAUGAGUCACAUGACCGCCAUCUGUCAGAACACGUCAUGGCAAACAGGGCAGGAAAAGGCAGAACCAGCAGCGCCAUAGUUACCAGGGCUAACAGUGAUUUAGAGACCUCAAUCCUGCUAGAACACUCAGACAUGCCGCUGUCUGAACGUUUGCAGAUCCCUGCAGGUGAAAGUGUAGACCCCAUUCCAGUAUGUUUGUUAAGGAAGUAUAUCAGCUACGCUCGCCAGUAUGUCCAUCCCUCGCUCUCUCCUGAAGCAGCAAAGAUACUUCAGGACUUCUACCUGUCACUGAGAUCUCAGGCACACUCCGCUGAUUCCACACCCAUCACCACACGACAACUCGAGUCUUUAAUUAGACUAACUGAGGCAAGAGCCAGGCUGGAGCUCAGAGAGACGGCUACCCGCAGUGAUGCUGAAGAUGUGGUGGAAAUCAUGAAACACAGUCUGGCUGAUACAUAUUCAGAUGGGCUGGGCAAUCUGGACUUUGAGCGCUCACAGCUUGGAUCAGGCAUGAGUCAGCGUAGCGUUGCAAAAAGACUGGUCAACGCACUGCACAUGCAUGCUCAGAGGACCAAUCAGAAGCAGUUUGACCUACAGAUGCUUCGAUCUAUCGCCAACAAACUGAACAUAAAGGUGGUGGAUUUUGAAGGUCUGGUGAGUUCCCUCAAUGAACAGGGUUUCCUGCUGAAGAAAGGAGCUAAGCUGUACCAGCUGCAGACUGUCUGAUCACUGACAACUGCAACAGACUAAGAGCUGGGUACCUGCUUCAUCCUGCAGACCUCGCUAAAAGGUCAGUGUUCAGGAUAACUGAACUGGGUCUCUUUCUGUCUAAGAGGGGGAAAGGAACUUGAUGGGGAGUUCAUUAUCUAGACUACUUUCACCAAACCUCCACCCAACGGACUGCUGUGAAACCUUUUGAAGAGACUGUAACAACCACAGCAACCGACCAACACGGGACAGAGCAUCUAACUUACUAAAACCUUACAGAGGGCAUCUCUCCACAACCUUACAGCGACCACAGUUUUCCCCACGACCACCAACUUCCAGCUAGAAAGAGGAACGGACUCCAUUAGACACACCACGUCUCUGCUGAACUAAUAUGCAUUUAACUACACACAAAAAAGAUGCAAACUAAACGUGGUAUGGUGUGACUUGGCUGUAAUUGCAUCAGUUAAGUGAGACUUCAGACAUUACUCAAGGCUUCAAGAAAAUGUAAUUAAGUUCCCCACCUGUUGGUUCAAUGAUGUGAUGCCUCACAGAUGCCAUUAUCUUUAAUAAAGAUAUAACAUCUUUUUUUCAGAACUAAAAAAUCCUUAAAGUCGGGUACACUUUACUUUCAAUGUACAUCAUUUUACAGUACAUGGUGACUGUUUCAAACAGUUGUAGUUGAAAUUCUUUUUUUCAAAGUGAGGUCGGUCUUUGGCGCACUAAACGUCUGAGAGAAGUUUGGAUGUACUUAUAUUCGAUAAAUACCUAAUGGGUGACUAUACUACCUCACUGUUGAGUGUUUUGUUUAUUUAUUUUUCCACACAGAUGACUUUGUUGUAAAGAGACUUUUUUGAAUACAGUUAAAAUUAUAUUUUAGAAGUUACUGUUAUUUCUAUGUCACUAUUUCUAUGUCACUAUAAAAAAUAAAAAUCUUAUGUUUAGUA